AUGAGAGACCAGCACCAGACAUCUCCCAACACUAACUGCACACCGUCCCGACCCUCACCCAACACAACAGUGGCACCCCACGAGACCUCCCUGCACGACAUCAACUCUACCGACGCAUAUGAGCUUACCUCCGAGACGUUCCACAGGCCUGAUCCCCCGGUUCACCAAGACACCGCUUCAUCAUUCCCAGAAAUACGGCAGUUCGACCCAGGGGGAACCCUGAAAACCAGCACGUGGAACACGCAAGUAUACCCUUACCCCUGA